UGUCCCCCGCUCCCCAUUAAGGAUUGGCACCUUUGGGGAGCGGGUACCCAAAUUUGACAGGUACCUGCUCUCACUUCCGCUGCAAUCGCCUAGGUGAUCGGAAGCGGACGUUUCCUCCCCCCUAUAGUCUUCUGGGACACGUAACAGGUCCCAGAAGACUAUGGGGCCAAUCACAAAGCGCAGAGGCCGGCAUCUUCAGUGUGGGCACCCGGCUGUGACAGCUUGCAGCUUCACAGCCGGGUACCCACUGCGCAUGCGUGAGCAG